AUGCAGUUCCGCGCCAUCACGGGUGCGCUGGUAGCUGCCGCCGUCGCCUCCGGUGCGUUCUAUGCUUACAACGGCAACCAGUCGACCAACCCCGCCGCCUCGCCCGUCCACCAGUCGGCCACUCUGAGCACGCAGGCCGGCAGCGAGCCGACAAGAAAGGCGCUGGUCGUCGGCCAGGGCGAGCUCUACACCGGCACCAUCACCGGGCCGGGCCCCAUCUCAAAGGAGACAGACGAGUACGGGCGGCGGGUGGUGGAGAUGCUGGACCCCGACCAGGCCACGGCCAAGCUGCGCAAGAACGAGGAGUCGUGGCUUGUGGGACGCGGACAGGGCGUUGUGCGCUACGACGUGGUCCAGAUUCCCUCCAACGACCCGAUAGAGGACGACCACGCGGAGAAGAUCAUCGAGGUGCCCUCCACCCUCGCCGCGACUGACAAUGGCGCUGCUGCGAGCGACUGGAUGUUCUGGGGCGUCUUCGACGGGCACAGUGGCUGGGUCACCUCCGCAAAACUCCGCCAGACGCUCAUCUCGUACGUGGCACGUGAGCUCAACACCACGUACAAGAGCGCGCUUGCAGACCCGUCCCAGCGCUUGCCCAGCCCUGAAUCCAUCGACAAGGCUAUCAAGAGCGGCUUCGUCCUCCUCGACAACGAGAUUGUGCACGAAUCUGUCAAGAAGGUCAAGCAGGCCAAGUCGAAGAUUGCUGCUGCCGAGUUGCUGGCCCCCGCUCUCUCUGGCUCGUGUGCCCUCCUGUCCUUCUACGACAGCCGGUCGAAGCUCCUCCGCGUUGCCUGCACUGGUGACUCCCGCGCUGUACUCGGACGCAGAGCCGCCAAUGGCAAGUGGACGGCUACCCCCCUGUCCGAGGACCAGACCGGCGGCACCACCAGCGAGGCCGAGCGACUGCGCAAGGAGCACCCCGGCGAGCCCAACGUCGUCAGGAACGGUCGCAUCCUCGGCGGACUGGAGCCGUCCCGUGCGUUUGGCGAUGCCUCGUACAAGUGGUCGCUCGAGACCAACGCUGAGCUCAAGAAGUCCUACUUUGCCCGCUCGCCCUCGUCACUCCUAAAGACGCCUCCCUACGUCACUGCCGAGCCCAUCGUCACCACCACCAAGGUCGAGCCUGAGAAGGGCGACUUCGUGGUCAUGGCCACGGACGGACUGUGGGAGAUGCUCACAAACGAGGAGGUCGUCGGCCUCGUCGGUCAGUGGCUCGAUACGCAGGGCAGCGUGAACGGCGGAAACGCGCAGACACAGUCCUGGCUGAAGAGCUGGUGGUCCUCUGAGAAGCAGCUGCCGAUCGACCAGAAGGACAACGGCGCCGGUGCCGGUCAGCGCGCGCCCAUCCGCCAGCAGCAGUGGGGCACCAAGACCAACCUGAACGAGCGCUUUGUCGUUGAAGACAAGAACGUCGCAACGCACCUUGUGCGCAACGCGCUUGGUGGUAAGGACCAGGACCAGCUGAGCGCCCUGCUCACUUUGCCCAGUCCCUUCUCGAGACGCUACAGGGACGACUUGACGGUCGAGGUCAUCUUCUUUGGUGAAGGCACAGCCAACGGCAACGUGACACUGAACAAGGAAGCCAGCGCACCGGCGCCUGGGCCGAAGGCCAAGUUGUAG